AUGGCGGAGAUGUCAGAAGAAGACAAGCAGAAACUCAUAAAGAAAGUAGAGGAUUGGUUAGCCUGGGAUAAGAAUGAAACAACUCGUGCCGAUAUUGCUAAAUUGUACGAGGAAAAGAAUUUCAAAGAACUAGCAGUUCGUAUGAACGGGCGACUACUAUUUGGUACUGCAGCUCGUAAAAGGUCGGCCGAAACGUGGUCCAGUUCUGGAGCCGUGGCUGCCUUUAUGGUUUGGAUUGUGGCGCAUACCUCAGCAUUAGAAUCUGUGGUUCUAUCUAUCCAAUCCUGCAAAGCUGUUCCCGCAACUGGUAUUGGUCAUCAUCAAGAUGUGAUGCAGCCAGAUCCAGCCUCAGCGCUUUCCUUUUCUCAAGCAGGUCUUUGGUGGGUUCUAAGUUCCUUAUUCGAGGCAAUAAGCACUUCACCAAAAGCUCGCAGUCCGAGAAGCACGUGGCCUCUCGUUGGGUCGUAACU